AUGCACAUAUCGCUGUCGCGUGCACAGAUCGCUGUCGCCACCUACGAGCGAAGCGAGCUCAGCCUCCCACCACAAGGUAGCCUUCCAUAUUUCAUCUUCAUCUUCAUCUUCAUCUUCAUCUUCAUCUUCAUCUUCACAUACACGCCCACGCCCCGCAAUAGACCGAUGCUUUCCUCAACCCUAGCCGCCCUCUCCCUCCUCCUCACCACCGCUCACUCCGCUCAACUGCCACCUGCGCCCAUCCCCCGUCGCGUCGACCAGUCCAUCAAUCCCCGUGCUGAAUACAUCGGCGGCUGGGCCUGGUCCACCUCCAACACCUGUACCGGCGCCUGGUCGCGGUCAUGCGACACCAGCAAUAACAGCUGCUGUCCCACCGGCGAGACCUGUUUCACGACCGGCUAUGGCGCAUACUGCUGUCCAACUGCCGUCGACUGCCUUAACAAACUCCAAACCCUACCCGCCUGCGCGGACCAGUCAAUGGAAAUGUAUCCCUGGCCCUGGCCUCCGCGCUACUUCUGCUGCUCCGCUGGCCUCAUCGCCGUAGUCCCCUUUUCCGGCUCCGGCGGGCUCUGCCUCCCAGCAGACCAGAACGUUCCCGCCUCCCAGAUCCUCACAGCUUCAGCACAAGUAGGCGUAGGCAUCUCACGAACGUCUGUCCCCGUCGUCAGCGCAACAAACCCCGCGAGAACCUCACGCACAGUAUCAAACUAUACACCCUCCACCCCCACCCCCACCUUCAGAUCCAGCAGUACAAGCUGCACCUCAAACCCCUGCCCCGCAGGAACCGACACAAAAUCCUCUUCCAACUCCAGUCAGACCCUCAGCAACUCGGCCAUCGGCGGCAUCGUUGGAGCCGUCGCGUUCCUUGCCCUCAUCAUCGGUUACUGUUGCCUCAAACGAAGCCGAAACAAGAGUAAGAUGAACGUCCCGCCAUACCCGACUAUUGCCCCGCUCCCGGCGAAGCCCAUGUACGUCAGCACCGGACAGCCUUACUACACCCCGCAACCCGCUCGCGGCACCGAGACAUCCAACACACCGGCUCCGCACGAGUCGGCAAACACCCAGAGUCUCGUCUCGGCUAGCGCGGUGCCUGUCAGUCCCCUCAGUUCGAGAGUAGCGUCGCCGCCACCAGCGUAUGGGGCGUCCCCUGCGGCGCAGUAUGGGGAGUUGCAUGGUCAGGCGUCCCCUACGGCGCAGCAUGGGGAGUUGGACGGCCAGGUGGUGGGGCCAGGGGAGCAGUGUGGGGAGUUGCACGGUCAGGCGGUGGGGCCAAUAGAGCUGGAUGGGGGCAGUGCGGUUGGGGCGAGGGGACAAGGGUGGGCGAGGACAGACGGGAGGGAGAGCGUCACUGGGAGACAGGAGAUGUGAGGUGAUGAUUGAAUUCGGGCAUUUACUGUGGUGGAAUGGGGCUCUAGAAGGCGUUAUUGGACUUGGGGGGGUGUUUGGCGGGAUAUAUCCAAUGGUUUUGGGCGUCAUAUUUGUUAAUAUUCCGUUGAAGUAGGGGAACAAGUGUAUACAUCCACUACAUAUUUAAAUUGUAUAUAAAAUUUACAUACACGCGUAC